UUAGAUGAUUUCUAUCUAACUAAAAUAAACAGAACCGUAUUAAAAACGUGACAACGUUCUUUACUUCUAUUUUUAAUUCGAUAAGUUCGGUUGUACUUUCACGCUCAAUCAAUCGAAGCUAUCUCAAUGGAAACAAAAGAUCUAUUAAUAGCCAUAUAAUUGCUGAUAAUCUGAAGCCCAAAAUAAACUUUCAUGAAUGUGUACCGAUAUAUUUACAAACAAUAGGGAGACGCCAAUUUAUCGGCGCAUGCGUUCUGCAGCAGCGCGCGCACUGUUAUCAUAUUCUGAUAAGCUCCACUCCGGCUUCCCGAGUCAAACACGUUGCUCACCAUUAUUAACAUUCUAACAAAAAUGUAAUACAAAUUCAACGGAAAUGGGCAACCAAUUCAAAAACGUGGCCGUCAUAGCUUGCCUCAAGACUUUACUUUUUGUUUUCAACAUUGUGUUUUGGCUGACGGGCCUUCUCAUCCUCGUUGUGGGGCUGUGGGCGGAGUUCGACCUUUAUAAGUAUAUGGAGUUGUCCCCAGAGUUCUCGGGGACUGCCCCGCUUGUGAUCAUUGGCAUCGCCAGCCUGAUCGUGCUCAUCAGUUCCGUCGCAUUCUCAUGCAUCAUUAAAGGACAACCCGUGCUACUGUACAUUUAUGGUGGAUUUCUGGUCUGCAUUUUUAUGAUGGACGCGGGAGUCGGCGCAUCGGCGGUUUGCUACCGGGACACCUUCACGAGAGGUCUGCACGAUGGACUGACAAAAACGAUCAUCUCGUAUAAUCCAGAAAAGGCCAACUUUGAUUUUGCUCAAUCGACGCUGCAGUGCUGCGGCGUGUCUAACUAUACGGACUGGAUGCGACUGUCUCCCCAGCGAGUGAUCCCGAUCUCCUGUUGCCUGGACAAGACGCGCUGCGUAACGGCCAACUACAGCGACGUUUACCAAAGAGGGUGCUUUGAGGUGAUAACGGAGUAUCUUACGAAUAACUUGAAUAUACUGUUUGGAAUUGCUGUAGGAACAGCGCUGCUGCCUCUAUUGGGCGCCAUGCUGUCCUGCUCUCUCGCCAGGUACAUCGAAAAAUCUAAAUACGACGUCAUUAAUUGAAAAUUCUACUCGACUACCGGACAUUGGAUUAUAUCGACUUUGAAUCUCACGACUGAAUAGUUAUUUAGUGUAUUUUAUUCUAUGUAUAACUAGCUAUACCCGGCAUGCGAUUCGCGCGCCACCUUUUGUACAUUGGUGGUCAGAAAUAUCACACAAGUGACAACAACUGUACAAAGUUUCAACAUUUAAUGUUAAUUUUUAUUUUUUAUAUAAUUAUUAUCUAUGUAUAAGAUCUACAGACUUUUUUCAUAAAAUUAAAAAGAUACUUAUAAAAUGAUAUUAUUUUAGUUCUUUAAUGAACUCUUACUGCAAAUCUAAAAAUAAAGAAGUAAUGGUUUAAGGGGUUAAUAUUGUAUCAGAAUAUAAAUACAACUUCUUUCACAAACGGGUUGUUCCGUGAUAGAAUCUGUAUUUCACCAUUGUUUCGAUUAAUUAUGGUAUAAUAUAACAUGUUUUUCUUUUUUAAUAACCUGAUAUUUCACGUUAGAUUUGAUUAUUUUUUGAUUUGUGAUGAUCCAUCAUGGAGUAGAGAUCUUAAGGAAUAUUUAAGAGUUUAGCAAUCGAAUCUUAUACUACAUAUAUUUAUAUACAUAAUAUGGUUGGGUUACACUAUCGGAAAUCGGCAAAUGAUUCGUGAGUCGUGAUGUUGUGAACUGUGUGAUCGGCGGCAAUCGUAUCGUUGCACAAAUUUGCACUAACCCGAAGUGGUAAGCGAUAGGUUUUAAAAAUCCCGCGGAAACUAUGUUUUUCCGGGAUAUAUAUAAAUGGAUCGAAUUCGGGCUUUUACGAUAGUAUUUAGCAACGCAACUGACUACAGAAGUUAACGACGAAUCCCAAUAGUGGAGCUGUACCAAUACAACAUUAUGGUAACUACCUACUCUCCAUAGUAUUGAAUGUUGUUGUUAAAAAUAUACGUAAGUACAUUUCUGUGGCUAACUAUGCGUCCACACACUGCUCUACUCGCGCAAUUAAUCGCGACGCGCCGCACUACGUCGCUUGCCUUUGCAACAUGGACAUCGAAAAUGUGGCAGCGUGUGCGCUAUUGCAUACUUACUGACAAAAUAGGGAGCGAUGGGCAUGAACGAGGAACAUGCGAAUAACGCGGCCGCCUACGUCUCUGCCUCCGUUCCUCGCUUCUUCCCAUGCCACACGGGCAGUGUGUGGACGGGGGGUUACGAUUUAUAUAGCAAUUUUCUCAAUCUAUAUACUUAAUUAAUUAAAUCAAUCAACAUACUUAUAUUAAUAUAAAUGUUUGUUACUGAUAUUUGAAUUCUAUACCUUCUUGUAAAACUUGUCAAUUUUAUUAUGUAAAAAUUAAAAAAUCAAAAAUAACAUUAAAGAAAAUAAAGUUAAAUUACGAACAUGCAAAUCUUUCAUUUCAUCCCACACUGGUUCUAAUAUGGAGAUGUGAUCAAUGAUCAUGCAAGAAAUGUCAUUGAAAAUCGGUCAAGUGAGAGUCGGACUCACACAGGAAGGGUUCCGUACCAUCGUACGAGAAGUGUCAUUUUU